AUGCCCUUCAUCUUAUUCGCCCCAUUCAAAGUCAUCUACCAGAUCGCUCAUCUUGCCCGGUUACUCGCAUAUACCCUUCCUCCAGCCCAAUGGAUUUUGGUCCAGAACCCACCAUCCAUCCCAGCUCUCGCCAUCUCCAGCCUGCUGCGCAAUCCUCCCUACAGCAUCAGCCAGCCCAUGUUGGUUGUUCAUGACCGUCCUGCUGCCAUAUUCCAGCCCCUCCUCAGCAAUACCCCUCUGUCGACGAAGGAAGAGAUCCUGAGCAGAGUCGUCCCAGACUCAGAAAAGCCGCUCAUCCCAUCUAUUAUUACCGGAAAAACACGUUUGAUCGUCAGCAGCACAAGUUGGACGCCUGACGAAGACUUCUCGUUGCUGCUAGAUGCCCUACUGCGUUACGCAGCAGCCACCACGACAUCCCGCCAGAUCGAUCCGCCAACCCCCCCACCUUUGCUUGCAAUAAUCACCGGCAAGGGUCCCCAGAAAGCCCACUAUGUAUCUCGAAUUGCUGACUUGACCCGCGAGGGUCGGCUUCCUAAUGUGCGCGUUGCAACUGCAUUCCUCCCCUUCGAGGACUAUGCUGCCCUAUUGGCUGUCGCCGACCUGGGCGUGUGUCUCCACAGGAGCAGCUCUGGCGUGGACUUACCCAUGAAAGUCGUCGACAUGUUCGGAGCGGGUCUUCCCGUAGCUGCAUAUUGUGGCUAUGAGAGCUUCAGUGAAUUGGUGAAAGACGGGGAAAAUGGGGAGGGGUUUGAGACGGCGGACGAGCUAGCGGAGAUUCUCAAAAGACUUCUGAGUGAGAAUGGGAGCGCGCAACUGGAAAAGUUGCGUAAAGGGGCCGUAAUAGAAGGGAGCAGGAGAUGGGAUGAGGAGUGGGAUUCCAAAGUUGGGAUGGUGCUGGGGUUGGUGUCAUAA